CUGGUUUUGCCUUUCUUUUUUCUUUACUCCUCCUUCCGUGCGUGACUCACACCACGUGCUCGCUUCGUGCUUGCCUCCGUUGUCUGAAAAACACAGAAAAAUUGCACCUGUUCUGCGGAACCUGGCCUCCUCAGUGAAACUAAGGACUAAUGAUUUCCUUUUUCUUGUCUUUCUUCACAUCACAACGGAUGGUAACAUGCAGACUCAUCAGGCGGUAAGUACCUAUUUAAAGUACUGUGUACAUUUUGGUCUUCCUGUUUAAUCUUUAAUUAACUAAAUUGAUUAAGACCUCUAGAUCGCAUUUUCAUAAAGUUUGACUUGGAUAUAUCUGGUCUAACUACAGGUGGCCCAAGCUCCAGCUGUGAGAUGAUGAUCUAGCGAAAUAAGAGUCAUGGCGAAAUUAUAAGAGUUUGUAUUGGAAUAUUUAAGACCACUCUUAGGAAUUGUGGAGGCGCGGUGGCCUCGUGGCCUCGGGUGGUCUGGGUUCGAGGCCGGGGUCAUUGUGUUGUGUUCUUAGGCAAGACACAGCGCUUCUCUUCACCCAGGUGUACAAAUGGGUACCAGCAAAUGUGCUGGGGGUAACCCUGCGAUGGACAAGCAUCCCAUCCAGGGGGGGAGUAGCAAUACUCCUAGCCGCUUCAUGCUAAGAAAACCGGAGUUAAGCACCGGCCCCAUGGGCCCGUAUAAAGGCUUUACUACUCUUAAGAAUAAAAAAAAUGCAGUCUAAUUCUCAAUAAAAAUACCUCACCUUACUUGCACAGCGCAUCACUUGUUAUCUGACCGCUUACUACGUUAAGAAGAACCUAUUUUAGCGAGCUAUCCAUUUCUAGGUUUAUUAACGUAGUAAGCGGUCAGAUAACAAGCGAUGCACUGUGGAAGUAAGGUGAGGUAUUUUUAUUGAGAAUUUGACUGUAUUUACUUUUUUUUAUUCCUAAGAGGUCUGAGAGCGAUCGUAAAUAUUCCCAUUCAAACUCUUAUAAUUUCGUUAUAACUCUUAUUUCGCAUGAUGAUCAUCUCACAGCUGGAGCUUGGACCGCCUGUGGUCCUGUGGUCCCUUCCGUUCUGUUCCUCACUGUAGCAUUACCUCAGGUCAGUUUGCACGUAUUACAAAAUAUUCUUUUUCAUGAAAGGGAGGAUUUGUCUAAAGGUCUGUUCUUCGGUGUAAUGAUAUUAAGUUCGUAAUAUGCCGUUGAUCUAUGUUUAAAAAUUAAAUAACAACAAAAUGAAAGGCCUCCUAUCAAUCUUGUUAUCAAACGUCCAGUUCUUGCAAAAAAUACCGCAGCAUUAUUUACAUCGUUUUCCGCUUCAUUUAAUCAUAGCUUGAAUGGAAGUAACAAGCGUCUUUAAAUAGUCACAUGAACCUUCAUUCGACCAGGUUGUGAAUUGUGCACCAUACCUCAGUUCCCUUUUUGUAACGACAGCGACAUUCAGAUAUGGAGGUUUUCACGGAGUCAAUCGAGAGUAAAAGCUGUUUAAAUUCUACUUAAAUUCUAAUCAUAAUACCCUUAGCUAUUUACUAUUCUCAAAAUGUCUUUUGUGGUUUCUCUAUCUUGGUGUGCAUAGGGCUACAGCUGUUUUUUGGUGUCUUUUUUUUCACUCCUCUUCUCGAGCGUGACUCGCACUUUGCGGUCGCUUCGCGCUUGCCUCCGUUUGACUGAAAAACGCUGAAAAGUUGCCUGUUCUGCAGAUCCAGGCCUCCUCAAUGAAACUAAGGGUUUAUGGUUUCCUCUUUCUUGUCUUUCUUUAUAUCAAAACGGAAGGUAAAAACAACUUUUUUUAUGACGACGUCAACAUUCAGGUAAGGAGGUUUUUCACGGAGUUAGUCGAGAGUAAAAGCUGUGGAAAAUAUUGCCUGAUAAUAACCCAAAUUGGAACGAACACAGCUUUCCUGGCCUUUUUCCCGGGGGUGUAAGUUAAUGAUUAUUAAGCUACAAUUAUUAACAACACUUCACUAAACAAUUGUUGUUUUCUUUCUUUCAUGUCAACUGAUACUCAACAGGGGGUAAGUAUCUACUUAUUGUGCUACGUAUGUCUAUCCAUUCCCUGCUCUUGUUGUUUAAGAUCAAUCCUAUUUCAUUUAAAAUAGGCUUUUGACUAGUAUUUACAUAAAAUCCAAUUUGAAUACUUAUCAUUUUUUUUAAAACUGAUAUCUAAUUAAAAUUAGAUUAAUCUUACUUUGUGUUUGUCACUUGUCACAUAACUUUCGGGCAGCUGAGUAAUUUUGUUCGAGCUAGCUUGGAAGUAACAAGAACAAUAAGAAACAAUAAGCUACAUUUUACACGAGGGUGUUCCAUUUUGUUAUUAAAAAAAGGAAAAGGGCCCUAAAACCCGAUUCCUUUUUUUUUUCCAAUGACUCUGACAUUUUUUAAAGUAUUUAAAUGCUAAUGACAAAACCCUUAGCUACUCAAUAUCCUCAAAAUGUUUUUCGUGAUUUCUCUAUCUUGGUGUGCAUAGGGGUGCAGGUGUUGUUUCUUCUUUUGCACUCCUCCUCUUUCGCGUUACUCGCACUUCACGAUCACUUCGCGCUUGCCUCCGUUUGAACGAAAAACGCUGAAAAAUUGCCUUUUCUGCAGAUCCAGGCCUCCUCAAUGAAACUAAGGGUUCAUGGUUUCCUCUUUCUUGUCUUUCUUCCUAUCAAAACGGAUGGUUAAAGCAAACUCCUCAGUCUUUCAGUACCUAUUUAUCGUAAUGUGUAUGUUUUUAUCUUGCUGCCUAAGCUUCACUGAACUUAAUUGACGAAGGCCUGAACCCAAAACACUAAGAACAGUUGAAAAGAGAAAUAGGGGGUAAUCUUUACUUUUUGUGUAGCGUUAUAGAGACAUAUGAAAAAAAUUAGAACAGAACUGUGAAUUUAAGUCGUGAAAUAAAAAGUAAAAUCAUCAAAAUGAAAAGAGAUAUCAUGAAGUUGAACGUGGCCUCCUCAAAGAAACUAAGGAUUAAUGAUUUCCUCCUUCUCAUUUUCUUUAUAUCACAACGGAUUGUAUAAAACUAACUCAUACCGCAGUAACAUUUAUACUUAUUCUAAGGAGAAAUUUCUUCAAUUAAUUAUAACUUAAAUGGCGCUGUAAAUAGUCAAUGAACCUUCAUUCGACCAGGUUGUGACUUGUGUACCGUACGUUAGUUCCUUUUUUUCCAACCACAUCAACAUUAAGACAUGGAGGUUUUUCACGGAGUCAAUCGAGAGUAAAGGCUGUGAAAAAAUAUAUCUUAUAAUAAUAAAUAAAUAAAUAAAUAAAUAAUAUAAUAAUAAAAUUUGGAAAGAGCGCAGCUUUGCUGGUGUUUCUCUGAGGGUAUAAGUUAAUGAUUACUAAGCUAAAAUUAUUCUUUCUUUCAUGUCAACUGAUUCUCAACAGCGGAUGAGUAUCUACUUAUUGAUUGUGCUACGUAUGUUUAUCCAUUCCCUGAUCUUGUUGUUUAAUAAACAUAUUUUUAAUAAACUAAGUUUGAAGCAUUGUUUCUCAGUGUAAAGUGUACUACACCCUAGUAUUUGCAUAAAAGGAAGAAGAUAUUCAACGAGUUGGUUCCACAGAGUAAAAUCCAAAAAUAAACAAAAACAAAAAUAAAUCCAGCCAAGUGUAAUCCAACUAGACAGUAACGCAGCUUUCCUAGUUCCCUCACGAAAAGUGAUCUGUUAACUCAUUCAGAUAUGGUGAUUAUUUAGACAACUCAUUUGAGGAUCAAAAUUGUGCAAAAAAAUUCUCCAUUUGUCGAUCUUGCUGUUCAGUUCAAUUCAAGGUUUUAAUGGGCAAAGUUUGAGGCAAAACUUUUUUUCCGUUGUGAAAUGCUUUAGAUCGCUCCUACAGAGAUCGCCACUGAAAUGUUUCCCCUCUUUUCCCCUCCCCCUUCCCCCCCUUAAUACAAACAUAUAGGUCCUUUAUCACUUUAGAACUAAGAAAAUAGCCAACGGUUUAUUUCAUAAUUUUGAUCUUUUAAGGAGCAGGUGUAUUGCACCUUAGUACCAAAUGAAGGGGAUAAUUAAUUGAGAGUAAACACUGUAAAAUCAUCAAAAAAAAACCAAAAUAAACAAAAAAAGAACUGAAACGAAAUAAUCGAAUAAAUUAAUAAAUGGCAUUAAAACGAUCCAAUUAAACCAGGUUAGCUCAGGACAUCCUCAGUGACAAUCAUGUUCAAUGAUUUCCUCGCUCGUAUCUUGAGUAAUGUUGUAGUAAGAAAGGGGAAAAAAUCACCUGAUAAUAAUUCAAUUAGAGCAGAUCGUAGCGUACCACGCUAAAAUCAUAACGCAAGAGAGCAUUAAUUUACUUUUGUAUCUUUUUUUUUCAUUUCCGGUCAUGUGAUGCUCAACAGCUUGUAAGUAUCUAUUUAUUGUGUUACGUACGUUUAUCCACACGUUGAUCUUGCUGUUCAGCUCGAAUUCAAUCUUAUCUAAAAUAGGCAUUUGGUUAGUAUUUGCGUAGAGUUCAACUUGGAUACAUACAUUUUAAUUACUUGAAUUGAAGAACCUUACGCUGGACAACAAACUUAUCAGUGUGAAAGAACCUCUUUAUUGAACUUGAAUUUCAUUGACUUUCUGUACCGUUUUUCACUCGUGAUGUUAUAUUUAGUUAAGAAAAAGAAAUUAAAGUUGCGGAACAUAUCAAGGAAUUCUUUGCAAUGAAGUCUUUAAAUAAAGGUUUUAGUACAUCACUAUGCAAUGUUUCACUGAUAAGUCACUGAGCUAUGUUAUGAUUAAUAAUAGAGAAGUAAUACCUACAAAUAGUUCUUAUCACUCAAAUUUGCAUCAUUAAUGAAUUAUUAUAGCAUUUUCCCAAUCGAUGAAACUAUUGGCAGCUUUAUUAAAGCAACAUAGCGAACUUCUGAAAUGCGGGAAAUGUGGUAACUCUAAGAAUAGACCGUAUCGUUCUAAAUGGUGCACAAGGACCUUUCAUACGUUGAAAUUUAGAUAAAGCUGUAGUUAGAAAAAGUAUAUUAGCUUAUAAGCUUUUGCAUUCAAUACUAACAAUAUUUUCUUUUAUCAUUAUUUCUCUCUAUUUUCCAAAAUGAAAUUAAUCUCCAGGCUGUAAGUACCCAACAUUUUAUUUAUUUACGCGUAUCACAGACAUUCUAACGUACGCACAUGCCGAAAAUGCUUUGAAGUAAGCUGUAAUCUUAAAACACUAAUUCUGCUUCUUUUAUUUCCUUUUUCUCCCUCAAUCUUACUGGACAUAUCAAGUUGGUAAGUGGUUUAACGUUCAUUAUCAAAACGAACUUUUAUCGAUAACACUUUUUACUCAGGCGCUCCGUAGUGGGGUCGGUUCAUUUACAAAUCUCUGUCAAGAAUGUAAGGAACAAGUGUGAGUGCAGGUAUUUCACAUCAAGGGUUCAAGAACUACUUGAAAAACAUGUGAAGUUACUCUGCUGUGUGGAAGUGAUAACUCUUCCACAUACCUUCCACACAUUUUUAACUUGCCUUAUGCAAUUUAUACAUGUGCAAUAAAUAAUGGUAAUAGGACUGAGUAGGGUCCAAUUUGGUCUGUAACCAUACGAGUGAUGAUCGAAAUCGGAAGACCGCACAGCGGGAGUCAGAUUUGUUAAUGACGAGUUUGAUUACAGAUAAAAUUGGACGACUUGAAUUACUGUUUUCAGUUGGUCAGAACUAUGAAAAAAUUUGAGAAGGAAAAUAGACAUCAGUUGUACGUUUUCAUUGAAAAAACAACAAUUAACUCGGCGAAGUGCGCGACAACAUCGCUGACUGUCCACUUACACAGGCACGACGUAUCCACUGUCCUAUUAGACCAUCCAAUUACAGGCAUGGCGCGUACUAUGAUAUGAUGAAUGAUUAUUCUAGAUACACUUUGGACCCUCUGGACAUCAGGGAAUAAAACAAUUUUUAAUGCGAGCACUGUAAUUCCUUAAAACUUCGUAGACACUUAAUGGGACGCUAAGAGUAUUUAGAUUAUCCUUAAAGUGCCUAUGACACAAAAUUGUUUUGGGAAAAUAUUAAGCUCAUCAUCUGUACAAACCAAUUCCGAUUAGAAGAGAAGUUUCGGAAAACUUAAAACUCCCGUGGGCUGGUAACGAAUUCGCGAAUGAUGACGUAGAAAACCGUGAAAACUCUCAGUUGACACGUACAAAUCUCUCACAUCUCUGGUAAUUUUGUAUCGGUCAGCGUUGAAAUGCUCUUGCAAUAAUGUCUGAUAGCGAUGUCUACCUACCUUCAGCGAGCUCUACCGAGAGUUGUGAUACAUCGCACUCAAGUAAUAAAGAAGAAAUGGAAGUUGCGACUACGGUUCAGCCCUACGAAGGAGAACCGCGUGCAUCAAACGAGGAUUUCGACGAAGACUGACAAAGACAGUUUCUCGCCUGCGAUGUUUAAGUCAAAAUUAGAACAAAAAAAUCUCAUUAUUGAAUGUUUAGUUUGUUGCUUUUGUGUUCUGUUUCUUACGGUGAAAUCUAUGGAAAGAAUGGCUAGCAUUGUUCGUUCCUGUUACCCUAAAUUUUAUUUCUUCGCACUAAGUGCGGCGAAGGUUCCCCUUGGUCGGUGCUAUAGAGUUUCGUUCCCGUAGAAUGAUUCCCUUAGCUAACCAAAAGCUAACUUUUGACGGAAGAAUCAGCUGUAUCGCGAAGCACGAUCAUUUUUCGCCGUGAGGUCACCGGGCAGUUUCACAGCAAGUUACUCCUUUCCUCAGACACUGCAAAGGCAGAGGCGAUCGUUGUCGGGCCGGUCAAAUGAAAAAAAAAAAUGCGUUUAGAGUCAUCUGAUUCAAGUUCAUCUCAAAAAGGGAUUUCAAUGAAGAAAUCUUCUAUAGUUUAACUGCAGCAUUGCCAUAUGACCCAUUUCUCUCAAUGGCAAAUAAUUGACAUCAGUAUAAGUUGUAAAUUUCGUAUGCAUCGACUUUCACACAGCACUGGGAUUCGCUACCAUUUAAUUCAAUAAUAUUUGUGUUUCUUAAUUUAUCUUGUUCCAGUGCUUUUGUCCCAAUGAAAUCGCUACUGUUGCGAAUUUUCUUUUUUGAGGGCAGGGGGGAAUUGAUGGCUCGUGGAAUAGAUUUUUGGGAACCUAGGUUAGAAGAACACACGGCCCCUUCGAGCUUGUGUUUAUGUCAGUAUUUGCCAGAGCUUUCGCACCGUUCAGGCAACAGAAUAUCGGUUAGCUCAGGAAAGAGCUUGACCUUUAUUACAAAUGUUGUAUUUCUGUUAUUAAAAUACGAUGGAAACUACAAUUGGUAGGGUUUUCAUAUGAUAAUGAAAGCGCAAAUGUAGUCAUGAGGAAAGACAAGGAGUAUAGGUACAUCUUAAGCGCGUGAAGUAAAAAAAAACAUUAAGGAGCUCACCGUUCUUCGCUUGCGAAAUGUCAGCCGAAAAGAAUGUUGAAGAAUCGUUUACGGUGUGGGAACAGGCCCCUUAAUCAGCAUUCUCUUUAGCUGAAUUCACUUGUUAUCUUCCUGUGAUUUGAUCAGUGAUAUGUGUCGUAACAGCUGUCUUCGAAGCCGGUACGAAGGAUAAGGCCGAUCGGCGAUCGAAGAUCGAAACGCGUCUAUUUUGGUCAUACAGCUACAUCCUUUGGAAAGUAGUGUAUAGUAUGUGUAUUGUUCUUGCCGCGCAGUACGUUUGCCCUUUCUUCUUGAUUUCUCCUUUCUCCACCAUAGUUGCCGACGUGUUUCCACAGUUUUCUACGUCACGGCUAUGAUAUGUAACAUAAACGUUUUGGCCACGCGCUUAAUGGAGACACUUUUGAGCCGCCAAAUAGUACUCGCUAGGCGCUAAUUAUUUUAAAUAGCUUUUAACCAGAAAAUACAAAAAAAAAUCGUGUCACGGGCACUUUAAGGUCAAUUUUAUCAAAGUUAUUUGCCUAGUGGAGUCCUUCACCUAGUUUAUCUCGUUCAUUUGGUAUUUUUUAGUACCUCCUUCACAUUGAUUAGUCUCCUUGGAAAAUACUUCUUCCUACAGCUCGUCUGAAUGCUUACCAUGUUGAUAAACACGUUUUAGAUUAUCUUUAAGGACUACUCGAUAAUGAUAACUUUCUCUUGAUGGUUGUAAGUGUAUUCAACAUGUCAUAAAAUAUUGAAAUUGUUUCAAUUUACACAAUGAUCAGACCAAAAAGUGCCCCUUGGCAGCAGAAAAUUUUUUGGCGGGCAAAAAUUAAUCAAAUGACCACAUUUUUUUUUUAUUUUGGCUUUUUGGUAACGGUUGAGUUAUGGAUUCGUUUUCUCUAGCGACAGUAACAAUUUACGAUCUGCUUGUGCACCUCAUUGCAUAUAUUUAUUAGUGUCUUUCUUAGUGUUGUGGUUCCGAAUCAGGCGAAAAUAUUAAGCAAGCAAUAAAAUAAAGAGUAUUUUUAGGCAGAAACUAACUUCGCCAAAAUAUUUCUUUUCAUCUUUUUUCUCCUAUGGAAUCUGCGUUGGACUAUAGAACGUAAGUAGAUAAGGUAUUUCUCUUUUUCCAUUACUUUUGAGUCUCUCCAUCUAAUACGUCUUGCUCACUACUUGACCACGAGCGUUCUCUUGUAAGCAGCACAAUUUGACUCCACGCAUGGUCUGGGAGUAGGACGGGUUUGGGAUAUAGAAUUGAUUCAGUUUAUCUUUUUAAUAAUAAAUAAUUCCUUAUUCUAGUCAAUGCUCAACAUCAGUUUGACUGAUUCCGAUGCAUUUUAGCCUUUUCAGCAAUAAAAUUACGUUGAGCCCUUCGUGAUGAAUCCAAUGGGUUGGGUUAAAUGCCAAAGUGUUGUUUUUCAUUUUUGUGUAUGCGAAGUUGGCAAAACUUGAUAUUCGUCAUUUUUCUAUAUUUUUUUCUCGAAGUGGGUGGCACAGUCUAAGCAUCCAAGGCGAUUUUAUUCUCCCUUUUCCUCGUAAUUUGAAUACAUAUUAGAAGGAAUUAUUUCUGCCUUAGUUUUUUUGCUGUUGUUGUUUUGUUUAUUUAUUCAUUCUUUUUUGUUUUCUUUCUUGUACUUCUUUCUUUUCUCAUUCCUGUACAACCAUGAAUAUGAUGGACACAUCAGGAAGUAAGUUCCAAUGUUCUUUUCUUCACUUUUGACAUAGUGUCGCCAUAAAUUAAAAGUCGAAUUUACUGAGGUCCGGUCUUUAGCUAGUCAGUCCGGGGGUUAUGUUUUAAGAAUACCGCUCUUAACACGUAAUACGUAGUUGUCGAUUUAAUCCGUCCAUUAACGCUAUGCCGACGAGUUUUUGUGUUCCUGUAUUCCAACAAUAAGCAGGAAAUUAAAAUGCAGGUGAUUCUCGUGAGAUAAAAGCUCUUUCUGAGGAACCAUUUCAUAUCUUUCUAUUAGAGCACAAUGACUCGCAAACGAUUUAGCACCCCCUACCUUUUCUUCUUUUUUUUUUUUUGAUCCAAAUAUUCGAGGAAAAUCCAAAAAAGUUUCAUGUUUAUCAACCACGGCUUGUUAUAGCCUUGUUACUUCCUAAGGAAAAAGUCGAGAGUUUCCGAUACUUUUCGCUUUUGUGUUUCUUGUCGAUCAGAUCGUGUUCUAUCAUUGUAACGCAACCCCAGUCUUGAUGCAUUGGCCCACUCUAUCACUGAGAUGAUCGGUUUGCCUUCUCUAAGUAGCAAGGUUCUUAAAAUUUGGUAAACUGCUGUUGUCAUUUUGUAAUGAAAAAGCCAGAACUUGAUUUGGGUCAUAUGGAUUUCCUCCCUACCCCUAAUCCUCCAUGUAUUUUCAAGGGAGCGGCAUCUUAAGACGAAAGAAAGGUCACGGUUUGUCAUCGGAGUGAAAGCACCGUUUAGACGAAAAACUAUUCUUUUUUUUGUCCUCUCGAUGUUGUCACUGCGACUGUCUGUUUGUGAAAUGAUCUGCUAUAGUGAAAGUAUUUAGAUCUCCAGGCUCAAGAGGUCCGCGAUCUGACCUGGUACUAGUGCCAUGAAGUUGGGUGGGCUAGGGUCGUUCUCCAGUUUCUGUAAAGCUGUUUGUACAGCUACCUCAAUUGAAGAGUUUGUCAACAGUUCCAUAGAUCUCGAAACGCAUACUUGUGCUUAGUUUGGAGCCAUUUUAUAACUGCAUUAACAGUCACCGCAGGAUCGGUGCAGGAUGGUCUCUUGCAAGAUAUGUAUUUUGGAAGGAAAAUGGCAGAGUUCAGUGAGCCCUGGGCAGUACAAUGAUAUAAGAAAGAAUACUUCCCUUGUGGUACUAUUACAAGCUAAUACACCUCGCUUCAAAGGAACGAAAUUAAAUUGCCUGUUUUUGAUGGAUAUCUGGGUUUUAUUAAUUAAAUUUAGUCGUGGUUUUGCUUUUUUUUUGGUUUCCAUCUUUUGUUUCUUUUUCCUUUCUAUUUGAUUGAGGCUUCCCAAUUAUUUUCGUGCACGUUGUGAUACAAAACACAUUAAUAGUGAGAUAUAUCUUCUUCGUGUUACAUUUGAUAAUUCUAUGUUAUAAACUAAUUGUAGUUUUUGCUUUAGAGUGUUAACUUUCUUAAUUGGUUUUCUUCAUUUUCUUUUUAAUCUGGUGCAUUGACCCUCACUUGUCAAAUCAGCGCGUAGGUAACGUUUUCGUUGUGUAAUAAUUUUCUCUUUUCAUUAGUAAAGAUAAUGGUUAAUGUCUAAGUAAAUCGGUGUUCAUGGUUUCUAUUACAUUUAACUUGCUCGAAACAAUUGGAAUAUCUAGAUUGACAUCGCUCAACAAGUGAAAUGAGGCACGAGAUUUGCCUUCCUGUUCGUAACUGAUAACUGAGUUUCAUUGAUUACUAGUAGUUUGUAGUUGAUUAAAAUCCAUCGCAUUCUGUUACUGUGAUAAAGACUCUUUGGGAGUGCAUUUUUCGAGCUGAUUUUAGCCUUUUUCCUUUUUAUUUGAUUGAGGCUACCACGUCUCCAUAAUUAUUGAGCACUUUGCGAUACAAAACACAUAAAUAGUGAGAUAUAUCUUCUUCGUGUUGCAUUUGAGAAUUCUUUGUUAUAAACUAAUUGUAGUUUUUGCUUUAGAGUGUUAACUUUCUUAAUUAGUUUUCUUCUUUUUCCUUUUAAUCCGGAGUAACGUUUUCCUUGUCUGAUAAUUUUCUCUUGUCAUCGGUAAAGAUAACGGUUUCAAGUGGAAUAUCUAGAUUGACACUGCUCAACAUGUGAAUGAGGCACGAGAUUUGCCUGCUUGUUCGUGAUUGAUAAUUGAGUUUCUUUGACUACUUGUAGUUUGUGGUUGAUACAUACUUAAGUCCUUUUACUUUCUUUAAUAUUUUUUUUUAAUUCAUUUUCGUUUUAAUCUGGUGCACCAUCCCUCAUUUGACAAAACAAAAAGAAAGUGAUGUUUUCGUUGCUUAAUAGUUAUCAGUUUAAAUAAAUGUUACUGACUACACAACAUUGCUACAAACAAGUCGAGUCGAGUAAUUGUAUUUAGAAAAGAGUAAAUAUUUCAAGGUUUUUACAAUUCAUUACAUUCAGAAAAAAUUCAAGUUGUGUUUACUUUGUUGCUCUCAGAAUAGCACAGACUCAGUUUAAAAAUUAUGCUAAAAAGCAUACGUUUUGAUUGCUAUCAUGCAAUCUGAAGAUUAAAAUUUCCUUUUUUGGGGGUUGUAUUUAAUGAUUAUAGGUAUUUAUCAAAUUGCAUUUGUACUCUAGUGUACUUACUUCCUUUUCUUUCUUCCUUCAUUUUCCUUUAAAUCUUGCACAUUGACCCCAAUUUGGGAAAUUAGACAGAAAGUAACAUUUUCAUUCCUUCUAAAUAGCUAUUAGUUAAGGUAAUGUUUUCUAUAGGAUUGUAAUUGCUUGAGGCAAGUUGAACAUCUAUAUUGAUAUUCGAUGUAAUUAAAAAGUAAAAUGUAGUGCCGAAUUUGCUCUCUGCCUUUUCGUAACUGCUAAUUGAGUUUCAUUGACGAAUUGUAAUUCGUGUUCUGGUUAGUUUACUGUCUCUCUAAUUUUCGCGAAAAAAUUUGUGCGACAUUUUCUGACCAGUUCAGAUCUUCCUCUUUUUAGUGAGUUUAAAUUUCGGGUGCUUAAGACGCAUAGUUUCUUCUCGUGAUCAGUAAAAGAAAGCGCAGUUCGAACCGUUACUGAAUUUUUUAAUUUGAAACUUGAGUGUUAGAUUCUGCUCGCGCAGAAAAUUUCACAGUCUGAUGAUCGCUUAGUAUGUGAAAAUCCAAUAACAGUUCACCUUAUCUAGAAUUUAUAUUUUGCUUAGUAUAUCUUUGCUUAGAGCACUUCAGGGUGAGUUAAACAACCUAUGCACAGCAUGUUCAAUCUUUUAGUUAGAAAAGUAGAAAAUCACUCACGUAGGAAAGUUUCAUUUUGUAGUGGUAUUUGCCUUUUUCCUUUGCGAUCAUUGGCCUUUCAGUACGUUGAAUCUCUAAGCAACUCAUAAACUAGGUCAUACAUUACGGUGAAAGAAAACAAAAUUCUAUAAUUUAAAGAAUUUUGUUUUCUUUCACCAUAUCAAGUAUCUAAAAGUAUCAAUUUGUUGCCUAAGUAUUACUAUUUUGUAUGAAACACUUAAAUUCAGCUAACGAUUUAUUUCUGUUGCUUUUUCCUCUGUAAAAUCCUGAUUUCUGGACAAUUCACCUUUGGGCUUUAGAUUUCACGUGUAGUAUCACGUGACUUUUGAUGUAAACAAACCCCGAAAGUUCGGACAUUGAGUCGAGCUCGCAGCACAUGUGUCCAAACUUCGGCUUUGGAAAUUUUUCUUAAAUAACUUCCCACUUUCAAGAAGCGUCUCUUCGCUCAAAAUUGACAUCUUUCUUUUGUUAUUUAUUUUAUCGUUUAUUGUAGAAUUUUUAAGCUUUUGAAACCAUCUUGAAGGAAAGCAGAACAGCUUUACGGGCCCGUUAAGUUACCACAACCCCGAGAAACGGGCUCCCGGUCCGGAAAAAGCUGCCCGGCCCUAGUGCACUUGGGCAGAAAAUAUUAAAAUGAAAAACAUUGUUCGCUUUUGUGGCCAAAAAUGAGUGACAGCAGAGAGUACAAUUGGAAACAAAUGACACGUUUUUCGAUGAAAUGUGAGUUUCCUGUUCUAACUCGAAAACAGGAAAGAAAAGUAUUAAUUGUAGAAUCGUUUUUGUGGUUAUUCCGUGCGCGCCGGUCUAUAGCGUAGUAUUUAAGAAAAAAAAUCGAAAUGUCCAACACCAAAAAGUCAUACGGUAAAAUGCGUAAUGGCUGAGUUAGGUCGGGCUAGAUGGGAAAUAUUUGGCUUUCGGUCAUGGCACUCGGACCUCUGUGUUGUGCUCGGUCCGUACGUCUUGACCUCGAGCCAAAUACCUUCCCAUCCGGCCCUCCCACACAGUCAAUUAGUACACAGUAUCUCACAACGGCUUUAAACUGAUCGUGAAUUUCAGUUGAUUCAUUUUCUCUUCUUUUCCAUCGGGUUCACCAAGGUCAAAUUCGCAGAACAAGUCGUAAGUAGCUUUUUCUUUACUUUUCCUCAUUCAUUUUCACAUUUCUUGCAAACCAGGUAUUUUUCGACAGUCAUCAUGUGUUAGACUCUCUUAAGAAUUAUCAUCAUUUUUGCGAAAGAGUAAAUUUGUGAAAGAAAAAGCUUUACUUACAAUGAACCGGUAUAGUUUUCGCCCCAACCAAUAUUUUUGAUUGCGGCCAAGAGUUAUACUUUGGCAAAAUGUCCUUUUUACUAUUGGUGGCUGAGAGCAUGUUAAAGACUUUUAACCGGUCAGACUUCCCCAUUGACUGCCAAUAUGGUAACCAUUUGAAAUACCCAACAGUUGUGGCAAGUGUAAUAGGAUGCUUAGUCAUACUACUGACUGUUCCAUCAACAAGACACUUUUACUUAACGAUACCGAACUUAAGAACAAUGUAGGCAAUAACAAAUGUGCAUCACCAACUAACAUAUCUCUUUUUCUUAUUUCCUACCUUAACGGGCAAACAGAUCGUAAGUACGUUUUCUUUUUAUAGUUAUUUGGCGGAUUUCACAUGUCUUUUGACUACUGCAGUAACAGUGAUGUAACAUAUUUGUGUCACUGCCGCUUACUUUUGUAAUAAUGAAAGCUACAAGUUUCGUUUUAUUAAUAUGAUUAUGGAUGAGAAAUUAUGAUCAUCAAUAAACAUAGCAUUCUGAUAUUCGCCUUGCUUCCUAAGUUAUGGUUGGAAACUUGUUCAGGUCGUUUUGAAUUAGGCUCUUGUGGGAAUAUUUAUUCAAUGUGAACCAUAAGUAGAUAAGGAUCCAAUUUUGAUUCAAUGGCUCAGUUUACGAAAAGAUUUAAUGUUAUCUGUGGUAGACUGUGAAAUUGAGGUGUUAGUUACUUAAAACUAAUUAUGAGAAUUAAAGUCAUAGUCAUGAAAAUACUUUCUUAUCAGAACUAUUUGUUGAGCAGAGGUCUUAGCCGACUGAUUAAUGAAUAUCAACGCUCUUGGUAGUUAAAUGAUUUCAUUUUAUUUAUUUUUCUGUUCUCGAUGUAUUUUUUUCCAUCAUUCCUUGGCCUUGGAAAUUGUGAAAAACGAUCAGGACGUAAGUACAUGUUCCGUUGUGAUUUAAAGCAUAUCUAUUUGCAUGGCACCUUUACAGUACGUUUACGUUAACAUAUUUAACUAAAGUACAGGUGAUAAACGAAAGAAAAAGUGCAUAGCAUUUCUCAAUAAUCAACUGAAUGUUUUGAGCAACAGAUGCACGUUUUAAUUAUAUUUUUUUUAUAACUUUUAUUUACAUGCCACUUCUGCGAUCACUUAGCUGGUAAGUUGAAUUUAGUUUAUCUCGCGCAAUGCUUAUUCUUAAUAAUCAUUCUCAAGACAAUUAAACUUUCCUUUAGUACUUAAGAUCUCAUUUACAACCGGACCGCGUAUGAAUUGCUUACUCUUUUCGGAGUGCAUGUCGAUUAAGUGUUGUAAAAACAAAGCCACAGCGAAUCAGAACAACGAAAAAUCAUUGGAGUUUCAAGAAUCUAAUAUUCAAAGCAAACAUUUGGCAUCCAGGAUCAUGUAAAAUCAAAUUUGCUGAGAAGCUGUAGUGCAGGACGAGGCGUAGUAAAACUCCGAUGUUACCAAGGAUUACUUCUGAAAACUCCAUUGAAAAUCGCUUUCGCUUACAAUAAUAAAGUUUCAACUGAUGAAAUUUACGCUGACAUCCAUCAAUGUGUUUUAAGUUUACUUUUAUGCUUUAUUUAGAAUUUUGAGCUCAACUCGUGCUUACCGUAAAUUAUAUUAUAGUUAUUAGUAAAGACUUCCAUAACUGGCCCCUCAUCCUGUGAUCUGCUAGUGGCAGCUGAUGAGGAACAUUCGGUUCAGCAAUGCUAACUUUCUCUACCUCCUAAUAGCGACUGAAUCUCGUCCAAGACCGCAAACAAAAAAGUUCACGGUGUCUACCAUAGGAUCAUUAUAAGGCCUGACAAACGCAGAACAGAAAUAAAACAAAGUUUAACACAAGUAAUUCAAGGGCUGGUCAUACCACGCAUAAAAUCAGUCAAACCCUUAACGCGAAACCGGCGUGAACGAGGUUAAACAGAAAUUUAGAAAUGCAACCCAUCCUUGAUAAUUUUCUCUUAAGUUUCUGAAGAAUCUUUUUCCAACGUCACAUCCUUUCCUGGGAAAUAUAAAUUUAGGCGCUAAUGUUCGCUGUCCAUGUGUUGAGAAAGUACUGGAACCUAAUUCCUUUCCUAAAAAAAAAAAAGGGGGGGGGUAGAGUUUUACGAUGAAUUGUUAUUUCAUAACCUAAGCUAUGUUAUUUAGAUCAUUAACUGCUCCUCCUUUCUUAUCUCAUCUUUUCUGUCUAGCCAAAAGGGAAGGUAACUAUCAAUAUCAUUUGUUCCUAUAAAUAAAGAACUCUCCUGUGGCUUAAUAUACACUAUUGACUCUCUGCACCGGCUGAUUACUGAUCGGCAAAUUGCAAUCGUAAAUAGUAAAGAAUUAUCUGCGUGUUUAUCAAUGACAGUUAGUGAUAACUGUUAAUGUUACAAUGUUACUAUCCAAACGAUUUUACUGAUGUGAAAAAUAUUAGUAUAAAAUCAGUACCCAAGUUCUGUAAUAAACGAUAUUUGUAUAAUUAUCAUCAGAUAUCAGUCAUAUUUGGCUGAUUGUUUGUUUGAUUUAACAAAUUCUAAAAUAUUGGCAUACCAAAUUAAACAAACUGGUUGGUUCAAAUAAACAAAUGAAUAGAUAAUGGAUUAACAUCUUUUCAAAAUUGUUUUUCUCUUUCACGACGUUCUUCCCGGAUUCAUAAGCGGGUGAGUGCGACGAGUUCAGUUUGUUUGUUAAGCUAAUGAUGUGUGUAGUCAAGUAUCCCAGGGCUAUAUUAAGCCACUUAUUAACUCACCGAAUGUGAAUCUUUCUUUUCAUGUUCACCUAACAUCCUCAUCCGAACUGAUAUAACAGAUUGUAAGUAGCCAUGCUUGAACUAUCAUUUAUCAGUAGGCAGGAUAAAGGGUCGAUAAAGAUGGUUGAACAAACGAAUGGAUCUUAAUAGAGGGAUUCGGACAGGGUACUCUUCUCUGAGUAUCAUUCGAUUUAUGGACAAAGAUGUUGCAUAGAGAUGAAGUGAAUUUGAAGUUGCAUAGAAAUGAAGUGAAUUUCAACGUUUCAGGCCUCGGUCUUCGACUGGUAAAACUUUUACAGUGAAGUUGAAAAUCAAAAAUUGACAACGUUAAAAUCCUAGUUUAUUUCUUUUAAAAUUUUUGCACAGUCAUCCAUUUGAGCAAUACAAAACAGUGUCAUUUUCCUUGUCUUUAUAAAUAAUAAAUCCGUGACAGAUGUUGAGAGAACACGAAUGAGGCUUAUAAAUAGGGAGCUGUAAUUUGGGUGAUUAAAAGCUUCAAGCCAUCAAUCUUUUUUAACAUGAAGAUGUUGGAAGUCUCCUUGGAAAUUAGAAACUGGGAAUAUCGACUCUAAUAGUUAUGUAUUUUGGUAUCCUUUGUGACAAGCAGCAGAUUAAUGCAGCAAAGGAAGUAAAUAGCAUAGGUAGAGUGAUAAUAUAACAUAUGAUUCUUUGCGCAAAACUUAAUAUUUUCAAAGGUUGUAUGGCGUGGUCAUCUUGGAGUGUCUGCAAAGAAUGCAACCAGUACCGGCAAAGAGUCGGUAAGUGACAAGAGGGAGUUUUUGAUAAUCUGUGACUCAAAAGUGCAAUGGCUGGUUUUCGCCAUUGUUUUACAACUUCAAAAAGCUAUACAGCAUUUAUAAGCUUUUAUUCAAAUGGAUAAAUUCUUAUGUAUAUAUUGCAAUGAUAGCAGGUAAUUUAGUGUUAAAAACUGAGUUGGAAAAGUAAAUUAGCCAUCGUAAAGGGUAAAAAAGCUGACGUUUCGAGCGUUAGCCCUUCGUCAGAGCGAUUGCAGGAAUUGUGGGUUGUGUGUGGGUUUAUAUGCAGAAAGUGGAGCUACGCCAUUGGUGGGAAUAUGGUGACGAGAAAACAGAAGUAAACUAGUUGAAUUAAAAGCGCUCGUUGAUUCCGUGGGGAUUAAGGGUGCCGAUUUGGAAGAUAAAUUUUUGUUCUAGUGUUUUGCGGCUUUCCGAACCGCCCACAUGUAAGGAAAGGCCACAGACUGCCAUAAUCAUAAUCCCUAAUCAUUCUAAACAGCAUAUGACAGUCAACGGUCUUUCCUCACAUUUACUUUAAUUUACGUUUUCAACUCAGUUAUUAACACUAAAUUAACUGCUAUACUCUCCCACCGACGCAGAACCAGUUUCUUUAGAAACUUACCCGCUUUAUUGCCAUGAUAAUUAAGCAGCGACCUUCAGCAGCUAUUUUCAAGCGAUGUUUUCUUUAACAGAAAUAAGAUGACUUAAUCUCCAACCGUUUAUUACUUUUAAAAGAUUAUCUGGAUAACCUUACUUCUAGAAUUUAACUGCUCAAGAACUCAGGAAUCACGGCCUUGUAUAUGUAAGUGUUUUUAUGUAUGAGGAGAAAGUAAAGGAUUCAUUUUUUGGUAGAAAAUGCUGCACAGAUAUCCUUCAACUGUCCUUUUAUUAAACGUCAAACUCUUUGUUUAAUAGACUUUGGUUUUACUAACAGAGUUGGUAAUUUUGAUCGGCCACCGUAAAAAUUAUCAAAGUUGACGUUUCGAGUGGUAGCUCUGACGAGGCGUUAACGGUCGAAACGUUAGCUUAGAAAAUCUUUAUGGUAGCUAUUUUACAUUUUCGACUUAGUUGAUAAGACCUCGAGAUUUUGGAAACUUACCCCCCCUUUUCUUUGUAAAAAAAAAAAAAAACAUGGCUCGCACUCAAUUAAAAACAUUUAAUUUUUUCUGCAGGAGUUUCAUUAUAACCGAUUAGACGCUAGAUAUACAUUUUGUCACAAAAAAGAAAGGCAAUUUUUCUUUAGCAGGAAAAGAAAGAUCAUUAUAGUUUCAUGUAAAACAGGUGUGAUUUUCGCGAGCCGGUGCUAAGUAUUUUUCCUAGGUGAAAAUCAUGGCUACAAACUUUGAUUUCUACAGCAGGGGAGAGCUGGGGAGAGAAAGAGAGUUGCACCAAGUUUCUGAACGAAGGUUAAAAAGAAGUAGAGGGGGAGGGGAUGGGGAUCAAGUUUUAAAUAAAUCAUUAUUUCCUGUUCAAAAUUAAAAAGGUCCUCCUGAAAUACAUUCUCGGCGAGAGAAGUCUGUCAAAUUUAAUUCAAUCCUUCAAGUGAACUGUCUUGUGAGGUGAAUUGGACGAGAGAUGGAAAGCUACCUGAUACCACGAACAAGCUCACCGUUAAACAAGUGACUUAUGAACACGCUGGUCAAUAUACAUGCAGCGCUAAGAAUAGUGAAGGAAAAAAUGAAGCAAGCUUUACUUCUCUUCAAGUUACUCUUUUCAUUUUCUGUUCCUUUUUUUUCUCGUAUUUUCAUCUUUUUCGAAUUGUGUUUGUUAAUUCCAUCCCCAGGUCCUCCUGGAAUUAAUCCUGGGCUCAUUAAUCAGUCUGUUACAUACAUACGUACGCUCUUAUUGGUCAAAAGCCUAUCGACUAUUGUCCCUGUAAACCCAUAGAUAACUAAAAAAUUUCCCUGCCCUGAGAAAUGAAGCCAUACCAACCGAUAUCCCAGAUUUUAAUUUAUCUGUAACGCCUACUUUUUUUUAACAUUUUCUCAUUACUAAGUAGCGCCCAAAUCAUGUCACUCGAGGUUUUCUAAGCCCGAGAAUAAAGGUGAGAACAGAUUGGCAUGGACUUUCCAUGUGGCUUUUGUGGUCGCGUUGCAUUGUAACCUUCAAAUUAAAAUUUUCCUCUCACAAGCGUGACUUUCUCUUUGUGUAAGAGAUGAUCGGAGGUUUUGUAAAGAUUGCUAUCAGCAAGGGCUGACUCCGAUGUUCCAUCGAUAUUUGUUUUAAAUUUUUAACUGCCGAGUGUACGUUGUGACCUUUUGGCUUUUGUGUAUGUGUAAGAGCCAAUUGCCUAGAGGCAAAGUUGACCCCUGACAGAGACCUUUCUAUGAUAUUUUCUAGGUACCCUCCUGUUUUGAAGCGUUGUUUGAAUUUUAGAAGGCCCUCCUCUAAUAUUUCUUUCGGAGAGUUUGUUCUAAGCAAUCUGAUUGCUUCGCCUUUAAUGAAACCAUGUUUAACGCCUGAUGGGUGGCACGAAGCGAGGUGCGUAGAUUGGAAGGUCUCGGUCGCCUUGUAAUGGGUUUUGAUGUCCAAGUUGGAUUUUUGCGAAUCUCUCCUCUAAACACUGUGGUAUCGUGGAAUGAGAUUUGGUUCUCUGCUAUUUCUGCCGUGAAUUUGAUAGUAGGAUGGAAAAAGUUAGCUCGUUUAAUGAAUCAUGUAUUUCUUCUCUGUUUUAAUCCCUAAGGGUGUCAUCAACGUAAGGUUUCCAUUCUCUUGGCCUGGUUUCGCUUUAUUGCAUUAAUUUCAUUUCAAUUUCCGCCAUGGAAAUACUGGCAAAUGACACUGCCCAUUUUCGUUUGGGAGAAGUUCUCCCCAUUGAAUUGAAACAAAUUUUCUUGAAAGAUUAAGCCAAGCAUUUCCCUGAGGUAGUGCGUUGGGAUCGGUGCUUUAUGGUUGUUGAACUUUUCGUAUGCUUCGUUCCUUCUUCUUGAGGUAUAUUUGUGUACAAGCUAGAAACGUUCAUUGAUACUAGAAUAGUAUCUCUGCCUACCUUUGUCUUUUCUAUGAAAAUGAUAAAAAGCAGUGACAUCCUUCGUAUAGGAUUGUUGCAAUUGCAACAUAAGCUGGGACAGUGUCUCCACGAAAGAGGGUAUUCUCUCGGUAGGGCCGUGGCAACCUGAGAUUAUAGAUUAUAGAUCUACCGACCGGUACGUGUAUUUUCGUGAGCUUAUAGAAUAUUGGUAUACUAGGCGGAUUGGGAGUUUGUGAAAGCCAUCUCUUGGUCAUGUCAUCAAUUUGUUUGCCCUGACGCAUUUUUUCAAUGAUCUCAUUAACCCUUUUCUGCAUGUUUUUCACUAUCGGUGCUUUGAGAGGUUGUGGUUAUUCGUGAUGACUGUUAUACCUUUGUCUACUUUUUUGAAGUUUAACACAGAAUGGCUUUUCAACUCUUUUAAAGCCACAACCUCAUUGCGCGACGAAUUACUUUUUGGCUUAGUUACAGUAACCUCUGCAAGUUGUGGUUUGACAUUUUCCUAAUUGCUCUCAAGGGCAAUAGAAGGCUGAACCGGUGGUAUCCAGUUGGAAUUAACCUGAAACGGAUGUGGUUCUUUGUUCUGUCAGUGAAAGCAAUGCAAAUUGUUCAAGUUCUUGCAAGAGUUGUUGCCUAAUUUUACAUUCGUUUGUCACGGGCAUUGAAAUGAAUUUGAGACCUUUGAUAGCAUGCUGACUUGUCUGUCAAAAAUUUGAUAGUUUGUGAGAUAUUUUAGGAAUGUUUCAUUUGUCUCCCUUUCUUUGGCUGAAAGCCUAUAUUUUAAAGCGUGUCUACGCUCUUUGCGUCUUAUCCUUUUUGUUCUGUUUCCGCUGUUGUUAAAGCCAGCUUUUUUAGAUUCAGAGAACAUGUCAUGUCACCGUUUCGUUACUCGCGCACAUUUACAUCACAUGCUAAAGUUCCCGUAUCAACGUGUGCUCGUGUGUGAAUAAAUGAGUUUAUCAUGGCUGCGCGUGUGUUUGUUCUUCGACAAGAAAUACUGUAAUACUGAAAAGUAUACUGCUUAACAUGGUGUCAGGACCGGUUUUUACAGCGAGCCAGCCUCUCGUAGACACAACUGCACCACUGAAUAGCUUCCACGGCUACAUCUCAAAUCUUCAUCAACAUUUCACAAUUGCACCAUGCCGAAGCACGAAAAGUCUAUCCUCGAUGUACAAGCCGUGCAACCAAACUGUGACCAUAACCGUUACUGGGAGACCAGAUUUCAUGAUUAAUAUUUACUCGAAGGCUACAGAAACCCCGCUAAAAGUAGACUCACCGAAACUGGGGACCACUACAUCGUCGCUAGGAGACCCUUCGAGUUAACAAUUCCUGCAACUGAGUGGGACACCCUACACAGCGAAAUAGCUUCCAAGAUACCGAACGAUGAUGCUGGAAAACACUGGAUUUGGCUUCAAAAAAUCAAAGAACAUUACACUGGUGCAUGUAGUUUGAUGCAAGACCGCUACCACUUCUGAGCAAAAAUGUCACAAGCAGACCAAACCUCCAUUUCAAUGUAAGAAACGCUGUACAUACUGCCGCCGGGCGAUGAUCGUUUGGCGUGAACGCGGAAGCAUUUAUUAGGGGUAAGUUUCUCUUCGGUCUCAACGAGUUCUUCAAUCGCCCCGAGAAAACAUAUUUCACAGAUAUGGCCAACGGAAACCGGAGGAUCCCCCUUUAACCUCGACUUUCGUGGUGAAUCAAGCUAUAUCGUUUGAGGGGGCAUAACAUACAAACAAGCUUUUGGUUAAUUCCACCACAGAAGAACAAGUUCACUCUCCCACUUCCACGACAGCGGUCAAAAAACCUCCGGGCAAACCAAGACCUGGAAUCUACCCUAACAGAUCUUGCUUUUUCUGUGGCACCAAGUGGCAACACUACCGUGACAUAUGCCUAGCUUCAGGCCAGACUUGUAGCUGUUCUCACAAAACUGAUCACUUUGCAAGCGUCUGUCAACAAGUAGCCAAAGACAACCGAGCCUCCAAACUUGCCUCCCAUAAACCUACCCCACCGAGUCCCAGACGGGAACACAUGAGAUUGGUGGAACAAGAAGAGCACUUCUACACCCUUCCCAAGGAAGGCAUACAGUAUGAGAACUGCUUCACCCUCUCAAGCGGGCAACCCCUAACACUGGCGUCACUACAACGGCCCCAUCCUCUGACAAAGGUCAUUUCGUCUUGCUUCUUUUGGAAAAACCAAACUCAAACUGCAGAGCGCAAAUUCCUUUCCAAAUAGAUUCUGCAGUCUCUUGAAACACAUUUCUAUCCUGCCACCUCUCCAGCAUGCCUUGGGCCAAGAUUCUACCAUCAAUUACUGUAUGACAGUCCACCAAUCAGACCCAUUGGUCAACUUGCCCUCCAAGCCUCUACGUGCGGACUUCAUAAGGAAAUGUUCCACAAGUAACCCUCCCCAGCCACUAACGACUGAACCUGACAGCCAUCAGGUAUAAGCAGCUGGGCUCCCUCCACCACGUCCAGAUACGUCAAUGCGAGUCUGGCCUACUCCAGGGACUUGAACUCCGGAAUUCAUUUCCAAGAACUGGAGCUCACUUUUUCAAGGUCUAAGCUUCCGCGGCCCACCCGUCGGUCUUAACCAGGAUCCAGAUGUCAAACCCAUCCAUGCCCCCAAUCAUUGCGAGCCGAUUUCAAAGCUGGAUGCGAUAAAAGCGGCCCUGGAUGCGUAUGAAACCACUGGCAAGCUGGUAAGGAUAUCUGAACCGAAAGCGAGAACCAACCCUCACCAAACCGGGAAAAUACGGAGCUGCUUAAACCCUUCUCAGACCCUCAAUAAAGCCAUUCGAUGUCCUUAUCAUCAAGAAUAUCAUCUCCACCUUGGAAGAAAACAUCCACAAGCUACAUGGAAGGAAUAGCAAAGUCCACUACUGCCAUAGAGGAGUAGAAUAUUGACUUCGUUUCACAUAGAAGCAUGUUUUUAGUCAUGCCCUACCUGCUCCCAGUGUGGAAAGCAAGCCGCCACUGACCAUACUAUCCCCUCCUGUCCCUACAAGACCUUGGCAGUUCAUCUCGCAAGAUAUAUUUGAGUUCCAACAUAACCAGUACCUAGUCACCGUAGACCAUUACAGUGAUUUCUAUGAGUUGGACCAGCUGAUUAACACUCAAUCUACCACCAUCGUCGUGCUCACCAAAGUCCACUUUGCCCGUCACGGCAUCCCAGUAAAUUGUUUAACAGACAAUGAUCCGAAAUCCAAGGAAGUUUAAUGACAACGAACUCUACUAGAAUGUGGGCUAACAGAGUACAACCUUACAAGAGCACUCCAUAUUGUCGGUGCCUUUUGGAACAUUUUUCUUCUUUUUCUUGUCAUUAUCUUGUCAUUAUUGAACAAUGGGUCACAUUAAUUUUAUCUUGAACUCCGGAGACACUAUUUGUUUGUAUUUGCAUAUCUCUCUCUGUAUAUUAUUUUUUUGACUAGGUGGAUGUCAUGUCACCGUUGCGUUACUCGCACACGAUUGCAUCACAUUCUAAAGUUCCCGUAUCAAUGCGUGCUCGGGGGUGUGAAUAAAUUAGUUCAUAAUGUCUGCCCACGUGUUUAUUCAUCGUCAAUCUAGAUAGUAUACUGCUUAACAAGCACACUUAUACUUUCCACCUAUUUUAUUUGCAAGUAUAUAAAUAGACUCUUAAGUCAGAAAUCUCAUUCCUUAAUUUGGCUAUUUUGUCACUAUUUUUUUUUUAUAAUGUUUGCUGAGUGCUUUUCUUUGAGCGGUUGCCAAUUUACAUGUUUUUUUUCGUGAGAUAUCGUUUUCGUCUUCUUCACCAAGACUUUGUGUAAGGUAUUCCGCUAGAGAGUUGUCAAAGGCGGACAUUGGUGCAACUGUUUAUAGUGGCUACAACGAUAUCGACGGUUUCGACUCUUCACGAGUCUCUUCAGCUGUUGUUUGAAGAUGUUGUUGCAAGAGCAAGGUCUUUCAGGGAAAGGUAGAGUGGUGUUCUCAAUUCCGUUCCCGAGUGGAAAUUGCUUCUGUGACCUUUUUAUACGUAGAUCGUUUGGCUUGAGGACCGGGUUUCCAUUAUUCCUAUUGGUCCUUGAUGUUGGUUAGGGAACCAAUAAGGAGCAGGCCAUUUCGAUCUUACCCGAUCUGAAGGUGAGAGUGAGUUUUUAGGAAGGCCUUUUCUGCUGCAUAAAUCGCUUGAAAAGCUACUAAGACUCAUAAGUUAAAUUUGUUACGGUUUGUUCCUAAAAAGGAGGGGCUUAAAAUGUUGUUUUUAAACUAUAGUUUGUGUAUUUUGAAUUUGUUCAUUAACUGAUUAUGCACGCCAGAGUGUUUGCACAUAAAGGACGGGGUCUGUCUGGAAACCAUCAACAUGGGAAUAAAGGUAAAGACAGACUGGCACGGAUUCCCAUCGCAUUAUCGUCUUCAAAUUGUAUUUUUGCUCUCAAAAGCGUGUCUCGAUAAGUUUAGCAAACCCUAGGGCAUCGCGCCAAAUACCAACUUAAUGAGUUUACCGUAACCAAAUGUUACAUAAGCAUUGAAAGUAAUUAUAGAGAAAGGGAGAAAUACAGACUGCACCACUGUCUUACAUAUUUUAUUUUGUUAAAUGAUCCAAACAUGUCAUGUAUGGUUGUUUAUCGAAUGUUUUUGUUCACGAGAUUUGGUUCUAAAGUUAGUUGCAAAUGAACAAGACAACUGCACCAUCGUAAAUCUAUCAAUUCGAGUGUUGGGCUGAAUUGAGGGCUUUUUAGACACUCGAUUUCUUAUAUGGCAUCGCUAUGAAGACGUAAUACAACUGAUACACCUACACUACAUAGGAUUAACAAUGUAAUUGUAAACUUUUUAAGAGUUUCAGAGACGUUUCAGAGACGUCUAUCUUCGGCUGUCACCAAAAAUUGACCCCCACUUAAAUUUACCGGGAAAAAUGAACUUACCAACUCCUUGCUGAAAAAAUUGGAAUUCAUUUGACCGAUACGCCAGUGGUUUCAGUUUUGCCUUUUUCCUCGGGCUGCCAUAAAACAGUUCAUAAAUUGACCAAUUAAUAAAAUGUUUUGAAAUACCGUUCGGAGUUUGCCUUUUUUUUUUUGCAUGCAAAUCAGGGGUAAACAAAGUUUUUAAAACAUUUGACAAGAAUUUCAUGGGGUUCACCUCGAUAAUUUUCGUCGGUGAGAGUCAAGACGUGCCAAGGUAAACGACAUCGCCCCCCAGUAAAAUAGUUUUCCAAAGAAUAAAUGUGGCGAGCGUGAGGAAAAGCACAGUUUUUUCAUUAUUGUGAUCAAAGCCCAAUGAUGUACCUAAAUUGGUACUUACGGUAUCAAGCCAUUGAUUAUGACAGGGUGAGCUUAAUUUUUCUGUCGAGGUCGACGUGACUUCACAUUAAAAGCGUUUUUGACGGAACAAGCUAGUGAGCAUCACUGCACGAACUGAGAAAGUAAAACUUGUAUUUAUCCCCCACACGUUUCGUCUGACAAUAGUAGACUUCAUCAUGGAAUUUUUCAAGUAGGGUAAAUAAGCUUGCUCAUAUACCAAUAACAAAUAAGUCGUCUCUUUACUAUUGAAGCCAGUGGAUAGAAUUCGCUAGGUGUGCCUACGGUGUUAUACAUGCGUGACAUUUUCCGGACGUUACAUGUACGAGUACGUGACCCGUUUGAGGGUCACAGAUUCAGUGUAAAUAUUUGACCCCUCAACAUCACGCAAUGUCUCUAGUUUACAGAGGUCUAAGAACGUUUCAAUAUAUGGAUUUGCCUUCUGCGGGUAGAAGGCUACAAGCGAAUUUCUUAAUUGAUGUUGUAGCAAACACAGUUUUUGGGAGUCACGAAACAAAAAAACUUGUCAGGACCUAUAUUCAUGAUCUAAUGGAAAUAAAUAGCAAAUAAAAACACAUUCUCUUGAGAAAUAAAGUCAUAAAUAACGGGGGUUCUAUGAAACAAAUAGUGAUAGAAAAAGAUUUCAGUUCUGGUCAAUAUUAACUUUUCAUAGCCUACUUCCAAAUCUGAGGAAAUGCGCGGUGGGAAUAAAAAAUUUACGUGUGUGAUAAUGCAAGGAAGAGAAUAAAAAUUCAAAUAAAGAAAAAGGAGAAAAUAUAGGAGGGGAUGGGGAUCAAGUUUUAUAUAAAUCAUUAUUUUUCUUUUCAAAAUUAAAAAGGUCGUCCCGAAAUAAAUUCUCGGCGAGAGAAGUCUGUCAAGUUACAUUCAACACUUCAAAUUCAAUGCUUCGUGGGGGCUUUUCCUAAACCAGAGGUGAACUGGACAAAAGAUGGAAAGUUACUUGAUACCAGGAACAUGCUCACGAUUAAUCGAGUGACUUAUGGCGUUGCUGGUCAAUACACAUGCAGCGCUAAAAACAGUGAAGGGAAAAAUAAAUGUUGACUUACUUAUUUUAGUUCUAUUGCUCUUCUCAUUAUCUGUUGUUCUUUUCAAACUUUCACCUUUUUUGAAUUGUGCUUUUGAAUUCUAUGUCCAGGUCCUCCUGAAAUUAAUCCUGAGCUCAAGAAUCGGUCGAUUGCCUAUAACUCGUCGCUUCAGUUCAUUUGCUCUCUAAGCGGUUUCCCUACACCCGAGAUACUCUGGACUAAGGAUGGCGUGAAUCUCGGUAACAACAACACUUUCACGAUUCGCCAAGCGAGAUUUGAAGACUCUGGUCAAUACACCUGCAGCGCCAAAAACAGCGAAGGAAGCAAAAACUCAACUUUCUGGAUCGAAGUGGCGGGAGGUACGGUUCUUAUUUACAUAUAGAAAGAACUUGAGUCAAUAAUCAAUUUAGAUCUUUGGUUGGAUAAGGAUAAAAUCUUUUCUAUGAUACCAAAUGCAAUUUAAGGACUUGAAACCACAAAAGUUUCAAAAUUGAUUAAAAAUAUUAAAAAAAGUACUUGAUUGAUGAUAACAUUUAAAAAGCGAGAACAUGCCAACUUAUACAUCGAAUGUAAAUGAAUUUCGUGAUCAGACAUGUAAUUAAUUUUUGGGCAGUUUAAACUGAUUUCUUUUUGGAGCGUCGAGCAAUUUUGACUUUAAAGAUAUCACCAUAUUUUGUCACGGCAUUUAUUAUAAAAGUCCGUUUAAUUUUUUUAAUUACCUUUUUUCUGCUUCUUAAAUAACAAUGGCUGACAUGAUUUCAUGUACAUUUUUAGAAGUGCAAAUUGGCUAUCAGUGCAUUAUUAUUUAAGUAUUUAUUACUGAAGUUGGAAAGCGAAACAUCCAUGUAAAUUUUUCAUUGAUGCAAGCCUUUUAACCAUUAUUAUUUGGCUAUUAUUCAAAGUAAAUGUGUAGUUUGAACUUAGAGAAACUGGUACUCUUGACCAUGGUGUUGAUAUUAAACCUAACAACCAGUGAGAAAAGAAUGAAGAAAUUAAUAAAUAGGUAACUAAGUUGUUAACUCCUGGGCUGUUAUUAAGAUAGGAAAUCUUUUAAGGAAAUAAAAGAAUGUUUUGAUGUCACAUUGGGCCGACUUAUACCUUCCUAUAUCAAAAGUGAAGAAAACUAAUUUCAAAAUAACCUUGGCUUAAAAAUAGACUCGGCAAUAACGUAAUUUGCUUUUAUUUUGAAACUAGUUAAUUUAGGGUUGGAUAGGGAAGGGGGCAGAGGGGGUUAAAAUGGAAAAUGCGACCCUUUGUUGAGCUUGGUGAUCUUUUUACUUCAAGUCUCUCCCCAGAUCACUGAGCCUCCGAGAAGCCAAUCUCUUGCCGAAGGUUACCCUGUAAACCUUAGUUGCGUAGCCUCAGGUAUUCCAACACCAACCUUAGUCUGGACUUUUAAUAAUGGUGACCUGCCAUCUGGUAUCAAUCAAACCGGUUACGAAGGAGGAUCAAUCCUAGUUUCGCCAAGUGUCACGAGAGAGAUGAAUGGGACUUACAAGUGUACAGCGAAAAACAAGGCAAACACAACCAGUUCCUCAGCAACUUUGCGUGUUUAUGGUAAGUUCAGUUAUAAUGAUAUUAAUGAUGAUGAUGAUGAUAAUGAGUACGACGACGAUGGUGACGUUGAUAAUGACGAUGAUAAAGUUGAAGACGAAUAAGAGAAAUAGGGAGAGAAGAAAUGAAGACAGAAAAAUGAACUUGUAAAUCCAUGGGCAAUAGCGACGGAGAAAAGGAAUAGCGCGAAGAGAAUUUAGGUAAACUCGGCCUACUUGUAUAAAGGGCAGAUAACGCUAUCUAACGGUUAAAUAUUUAUCCAGUGAAUCUGUUGUAGCAAAACGAAAAGCGUUCUCCACCAGAUAGAGUUUUAUCCAAUGGAUAGUGUUAUCCACCCUUCGAGCAACCGGGGCCUGACCUACAAAAAGACUGGUGAUAUCAAUGCUUAAUACUUAUGUCCUUGGAUCUUUAUGAUUACACAUGCAAAGAACUGCGCAGAUCUGGGUAGGAAAGAAGCGCUGAAGAAAAAGGACAGGUGAUGGCACUAUAGAGAGUUGAUUGAUUCGAAAUACUUCACGAUAUGCAAUGUACUUUCAAGCUGGAAAAAUCUGAAGAAGAGAAUUCCGAGACGGAGAGAUCCAGAAUCUCAGAAGAAAGCUAAAAGUAAGCGAGAUGCAAAAGCCAAAGUUACAUACGACACACAAUUUUAUUCUCUACAUUGAACAACAAAACUAAAACAGAGGAAACCACUUAAAGCGAAUACGCUUCCAUCCGUGACCGACGUCGGAGGUCGAGUAGAGAUUAAGCAUUCGAAAGAAUUCCCUCGCAUCCUCAAUUCUUUUAGAUCUCUUCACAAAGUUGAUUUAUGGCUUUUUUUAAAUCGCAAUGUGACUUAGCCAUGAGGGUGGAGAAUAUCACAGAGUCAAGAUUUACGGAUUUACACGCUGAAAAAGCAUGAAGUAAAAUUUUCUUCCCAAGCUGGUCCAAGAAGCCGAGAGGCAAUCAAAUGGCGCACAUCGCUUUUUUUACGUGUGAGGAACCGCGUAUCGUGCUUUUUCACCCGUAAAGCGUAUGUUAUUCUUAUUAAUCUUUCACUGGCAUAGUUUCCGUCUAUAACAUUAUAAAAAUCGGCUUUCAGGACUGUUUAUUAAACCAAAUUACUUACAAAAGAUGACUGAGGAACCUCUGUGGAGAAUUAUGCGGAAUAGAAAGCAUGCAGAGCAAAAACACAAAAGAGAAAACAGCGAGUCGGUUUGUACCAGAAAUCUCAUUGGUUCGCUGCGCACACCUGUUCGAUUUCCGAUACUACCAACUCGUGCGUAAAAUACCGUAUGGACAGACUUUCCAUGAAGUAUUUUCUAUCGAUUGAAUUGUGAUAACAGCUCUUGAUUCUAGUUCCGUCUAUGAUAUCCACAAUUUAUCCUUGGAAAUUUCACCGUGUCAGCUUGAGAAAAUGUUGUAAGUCCACUCGAGAAAAUGUAGUGAGUCCACUCUCCUCAGGAAGCGACAGAAAACCACCUAAUGAAGUUGUUGUAGUACUUUACAAUUUAGACGUACGAUCAUCUACUUGAAAUCACACCCGAUUCCGCUCUGCUGGAAAAGAAAGAAACUUCGUGUUGCAUGACUCACUUGUUGUGUCCUUUUGCACAAGAGUGAAGAAAAAAGAACAAGGGAAGAUGGAUUUUAGAUGCAUUUAAAGCAAACUGUUCGAAGCAUUCCUAUAGAGGUCGCAUUUGACUCGUUUCGUUUCCAUGUUUUGUUUUGGUUUUAUUUUGUUCUUUGGGGGUGUUUCUGAUGCAGUUGAAGUUUCAAUGUGACACUAGCAUUCUAACGAAUUGUCCCUUUUUCAACGUAGGAAAAGCCUCUGCUCGAGUUGUUUCAGAGAAAUACAUAACACUUAUUCAAGGAUAUGCCCUGGCAUUGACCUGCAAAGUCAACGAAGAAACAAUAAGCGUAAUGUGGAAAAAAGAUGGAGAGCUAAUAACAGAAAGAGCAGUUAUAGAAACACGAUUAGACGAGAAAAAGAGUAAACUUGCUCUUACUGAAGUUGUGGAAGAGGACAGUGGUGAAUAUUCUUGUGAAGCACGUAACAAGCUAGGAACUGUGGCUCGCUCUGUUGUGAUGGUAAAUGUCAAAGGUAAGCUGUUUAAGGAACUACAUAUAAUUUUAGUAAUUAACUAUAUAAGGUCAUUAUUAUAAAAUGCACCUCCACUUUUUAAGUUCCUCACAAACUUUUCCAGUGGUUUUUUGAUCUUCUGGGAACUAGAAAUUUGAAAUUAAUUAAAUUUGAAAGAAAACUGUUUCAAAACGAAUUUGAAACAGUAGCAGUAUGUUAUACAUGUUAAACAUAUUCUAUAAUUCUUUCAACAAUCUUUCUCUUUCUAUCUGCUUGUUUUUGGUAAAUUAACACAUCUGUGUCUGUUUUUCCAUGGGUUAUUCCCCGUCACCCAACGCGAGCAAUGAACAAAGUAAAUCGUUGGAUCGUUGUCGAAAUUGUAGUAAAUUGUUGGAUCGUCGCUAUCUGGAUCGUUGGUGAUUUUAGUUUUUAUUUUUAAUGCCGACCAGCAAAUUACUUUCCUACUAAGCUUUUUUCUAUUAUUAUGUUUCAGGAAAUUCAGAGGCUCCCUCCAGCAGCUCAUCUUCCUCCAGCAGCUCACUGGAGUGGUACUACAUUGGGGGACCUUUGGCUGCUGUCGUUUUUCUACUGGUGCUCAUUUCAUACUGUAAAAAACGCCGUGAGACAGGUAAAAUGUUACCAUACGAAAAUAAAAUGUCUUCAUAUGGCAGAUUGUGGCUUUUAAUAGGUCAGUGUUUUGGAGCACGAAGGGGCUAUUUAAAGCAGGUCAUAUUCUGCAUUUCCAGCGCUGAUUUUGAAGGUCCCUCUACAGUCCCGGCAAAGCCCAAUGCUAAUCAAAUUACAAAAACCUUACAAAUUAUAUGAAACUAAUUACCAUGAUAACCCACCUUAAUCCUUCUCCUGUUGUUUGACAACAGAGUCAAAUACAAGUUACACUUGGUUUCUGAGUCACAAGCUUUAACUUAGUUAAUGAUGUCAUUCUUACUCACAACGAAGCGAUUUCUUUCAUCUCUUUCCACAUAUCCUUUGAUAAUAGCCCCACCUCAUGUGCCAUCUAGGCCGAAGUAAGUGAAUUCUCUUUUUUUUAAUGCUCACUGUUUGAACGUGUGGUUAUUACCGAAGUUUCUAACUCUUGAAUAAGUCUCAGUAAAGUAGUGAUAAGUAAGUGCCGCUGCUGAGCAAAUACGUCUUUUUUUUUCAGUUUGUACCGAUUAUAUUUACCAUUAUGAGCACACUGACCAAAAUAAAGGUUUUUUUUUCUUUCGAAGCAGCAGCAGUUUUCGAAGCCGCUCUAAUCAAAUGGCAGUCAAAUGUUUCCUAACAUUCUUUCUGUUUUGGAUUCGUCCGUCCUUCACUUGCUUUGACACCUUGUUUAGAAUCUUUUUUUUUUGUUACCAGUAUGCUGGGUUGUGGGUGGCAUACUCGUAAAGAGAAAGAGAAGCUUUGGCCCUUCGUCACUCUGUUACAAAAAAUACAGUUGAAAUACAUUCGGAGUCUUGUAGACCGAUUUAAAAUACUACUUGAUAUAUUGAUUGUAGACAAUAAUUCGGAUGGUUUUGGUUAGUAUUUCUUUUCUCGCGUAGGAGGUACGAUAUUUAUAUGACGUAAAUUGCCGAAAAACGCAGUCGGCGCUAGUUUAUCUUCAUGGGAGGUUUAUCCAAUCUUUUUUUUUUUUUUUUAAUAAAAUCUCCUCUCUGGAUCGAUGCGUCGAAAAAAAAGGGGUCAGUAGAUUAGUAUCCAAACUUCACCUAUAUCAAUAAUUUUUCCAUUGGCAAGUGAUAAUUUUCUGAAGCACGCGGAAAUGAAAUGAAAAAUGAAAUGAAAAGAAAAAAAAUUAAAGUGAAGAUAUAGAGGAUAUCUUUACCACGUUACGUUAAACCAGAUUUAAAGAAGGAAAAGAUAGAUAGGUAACACAGAUGGUUAAAGUCUUAUUUUCAUCUGCAAUUAUUCAGUGAAGGGGAAGACGAAGUUGAGCUGGAUAAGCUGAACGCUGUGGUUGCAAUUGACGAUGGUGCUACAGCUUUCCCCUUCGCUACUAACUUAGAAGGCAAAGGGAAAGCUGCAGCAAAUCUCGCCCAUGAGGUGGGUAAGCACGGUGCUGCUGCACAUCCCUUUGUGGUUGGAAUUGAUGAUGGUGCUACAGCUUUACCUCUCGGAAUAAAAGCAGGAGAAGAAGGUUGCCUAGCACACCCUUUUGAGAGUGAUAAGAAGAGAGGAGAGGCUGGCGUACAAGAGUAUGAUGGUAAUCAACUUACUGCUGCGGAUGCAGACGAAAAUGGAAAUGACGAAGAUGAGGAGUCAUCUGAAGCAGCUCCUCUUGUGCAGGACUGAGGCUUAAAAGCAAAAUUGCUAAACCUCCAUGGUUGUAGUCUUAUAACACUCUGUGGUAAUUUGUAGUUUAGAUUUCGAGAACUUCAGCCUCAAUAUUUCAUAGCUUUUGAUUUUAAGAUGUAGUUUUUAUUGUACUUUUAUUUAAGUAAUGCUUUGGUAGUGAUGAUAACCAUUUUCAUAGUUUAUAAAUGGAGGUUAAGUGGAAUUUCCUUGAAAGAAAAACUUGUUUAUUUACUUCACUUUUGCAUUUCUUAGUUUACCGUUUAUUCACUUGGUGCACUUGUCAGUGCUUUGUUGAUGUUAUUGACUGUAGGCUGAUAGAGAAAAAAACUAACAAACAAACAAACAAAAAAAAAGAAAUUGCCGU